AUGGAAAUCGAGGUGCACGCCGUCGCAAGUGUCGUCGACCAGUACGCUGCCGACGAAGCUGAUCUUACCGAGUUGAGCGAUCGCGAAGAGGAGGACCUGCACCAAGAAGAGGACGAGGCUGUGCAAAUCGAAGAUGAGCAGCCCGCUGCGAAGCGACAGAGGAUCUGGCCCGAGGUUUCGACGGUGCGGGCUCACCGCUACAGGCAGGAGCUGGAGGAGAUCAAAGAGCAUUUCCACGAUGAGGUGGAUGAGUUUGACACGACAAUGGUCUCUGAGUAUGCGGAGGACAUCUUUGAAUACAUGCAAGAGCUUGAGGAGGACGUGAUGCCUGGUCCGGACUACAUGAAUGGUCAGACGGAACUCAACUGGCAAAUGCGACAAACCUUGGUGGACUGGCUGCUUCAGGUGCAUCUGCGCUAUCACUUGCUCCCCGAGACUCUCUGGAUCGCCGUCAACAUCGUCGACCGUUUCUUGACAAAACGUAUCGUCUCCAUGCUGAAGCUCCAGCUCGUUGGCGUCACUGCUAUGUUCAUCGCGGCGAAAUACGAGGAGAUUCUUGCGCCGUCAGUAGACGAGUUCGUCUUCAUGACCGAGGGCGGUUACAGCAAGGAGGAGAUCCUAAAGGGCGAGCGUAUCAUGCUCCAAACGCUUGACUUCAAGGUCAGCCAAUACUGCUCGCCCUACAGCUGGAUGCGCAAAAUCAGCAAAGCGGACGACUACGACCUCCAGACGCGCACAUUAAGCAAGUUCCUCACCGAAGUGACGCUCUUGGAUCACCGUUUCCUGCGGGUGAAGCCUAGUCUUGUCGCGGCGAUUGGCAUGUACACAGCGAGGAGGAUGUUGGGGGGAGACUGGAACGAGGCGUUCGUGUAUUACUCCAGCUUCACCGAAGAGCACCUGCUGCCUGGCCACAAGCUCCUCAUCGAGAAGCUGACGGAAGAUGGCUUCUGCGACCAGCACGUUUGCAAGAAGUACGCGACGAAGAAGUUCCUCAAGGCGUCGUUGUACGCGGUCGAGUGGGCGCAACUGCACCUAAAUGAGACCCUCGGUGAAGCGAUGAGCGUCGAGUAA